AUGUACGAUUUACACUGUAAAUUUGAAGUCCUUCAAGUCACAAGAUUAAAUCGAAGACAAGUAGAUGAAAACGGUACUCAAUACAUUCCAACAAAAACAUGCGUAGUUAGUUUUAAGUCACAAGUGUUACCAAAAUAUAUAACAAUCAACAAGGUACUAAAGGAAGUCGAACCAUACAAACAAAAGGUGCUAUUAUGCUUUAAUUGUCUUCGAUUUGGACAUACAGGUGGGCAGUGUAAGAGCAAGGCUAGGUGCGAUAAAUGUCAAGAAUCCCACAACUCAAAAGAUUGUAAAAAGACCGAUCUCACUCCAAAAUGUUUUAACUGUUCGGGAGAUCAUUUUACUACAAAUUUAAGCGCGUGUCAAGAAUUUCAGCGUCAAAAACUUAUUAAAGACGCUAUGUCUUCCAAUAAUAUUAGUUAUCAAGACGCAAACAAACAGUUCCCCAGUAACUCCUAUGCAAAAGUAACAUCCAUAAAUACGGAACAAACUACAAACCUCUCCUGCCUCAAAACUUUCCCUCCAUUAAAUCCCAAUAAUUAUACACCCACCCAAUUCCCAUCAAAUCCAAUUAACAAAAUGUCAACUAAUAAUAUAUUCUACAAUAAUAAUUCAAAUAGUACAAAUUCUCGAACAUUCAAAAGACAGACCAAAUAG